UUCCCCCCGAAGAAAGAGUUUUUUUUGGCUUGGUCUUUCCUCUCUAUUUCUCAGCUUCUUCCUCCCAUCUUUCAAUCAAAAUCCCCAGAAAAGAAACUAAGAAAGGGUGGACAGUUAAGUUCUCUCUAAAGUUUAUGUAUCAUAAAGGGUGAAGCAAAGAUUAAUAACUCAAAACAGAGAAAACAACAGAGUAAUUAAAUUAAGUCAAGAGCUCUGUUUGGUCUUAAUGGGGAACAUUUGCCUUGGCUCUGGAUCUUCCACUGUUCAACAGGAACAGAGCCCUGUCUCCACUAAACCCCUCCCAGUGAGACAUGGGCAGCAACAUCCAGAGAACAAAAAGCUUCCUCCGGCACUAGUGGCGAUGCCGGCGUUAAAUCCCAAGGUUCCGAUGCCGGAAACAGGAAAUAGAACGAGAUCCGCCGCUACACCACCUCGUGAAAAACCACAGCAGAGGACAAGAUCCGUCGAGAACCCACAUCCACCUCGUGAGAAACCGCAGGAGAGGAGAAAUAGAACGAGAUCCGCCGCUACACCACCUCGUGAAAAACCACAGCAGAGGACAAGAUCCGUCGAGAACCCACAUCCACCUCGUGAGAAACCGCAGGAGAGGAGUAGACCCGACGAUGAUCAACCAUCAAAGCCGGCGGCAGAGAAACAGGUAUUAGGUAUAGGAAAAAAGGCAGUGCCACCGAGCGGGAAGAUAGUGACGCCGAAUCUAAAGAUGUUUACGUUAGUUGAGCUUAAGACGGCGACCAAGAAUUUCCGACCAGAAUCUGUGAUCGGAGAAGGUGGAUUCGGACAGGUUUUCAAAGGAUGGGUGGAUGAGAAGACCUUAGCCCCGUCUAGAGCCGGCGUCGGUAAACCAGUCGCCGUUAAGAAAUCAAACCCUGAUAGUGAGCAAGGCUUACAUGAAUGGCAGUGUGAAGUGAGAUUCUUAGGAAAGUUUCAUCAUCCAAAUUUGGUGAAGCUCUUAGGUUACUGCUGGGAAGAGAAUCAGUUCCUUUUGGUCUAUGAGUAUUUGCCUAAAGGAAGCCUUGAAAAUCACCUCUUCGCAAAAGGAGCAGAGGCAUUGCCUUGGGAUACACGAUUGAAGAUAGCCAUUGAAGCAGCUCAAGGACUUACCUUUUUGCAUAACUCGGAAAAAAGUGUUAUCUACAGAGACUUCAAGGCUUCCAAUAUUCUUCUUGAUUCCAACUUCCACGCCAAGCUUUCUGACUUCGGACUAGCUAAACUAGGUCCAAUUAAUGGAUUCUCCCACGUAACCACGCGUGUCGUGGGCACACGUGGUUAUGCAGCUCCCGAGUACAUGGCUACAGGUCAUCUAUAUGUGCGGAGUGAUGUUUACGGGUUUGGGGUGGUACUACUAGAGCUCUUAACCGGUUUAAGAGCACUAGACCCAAACCGACCAUCUGCACAACAGAAUCUUGUGGAAUGGGCUAAACCGGUGCUGACCCAGAAGAAGAAGCUUCAGAAAAUGAUGGACCCAAGGCUCGAGCACAAGUAUCCACUUUUGGCGGUGGUCAAAACCGCCGAGCUCAUUCUACGGUGUCUUGAGGCUGAUCCCAAAAACCGACCACCAAUGGAUGAUGUGCUCAGAGAACUAGAAAUCGUAAGGACUAUCAGAGACCAACCCAAAGAAGAGAGACGUAAACGGAGCAAUGGUUCUGAUAAUAACCGGGUUCGUGGAAAUGAUUCAUCACACGGCCGUAGAACCGGUCGAAACGGAUAGUCAAAGAGUUCUUUUGGAUCAGUCAGAUACUAUACACUAUAUACAGACGAACCACCUUUAAGAACAAAAACAAAAUUUAAUCCUUUUUCUCUAAUUGUGUUGUAAACUAGAGAGUUCAAAAUGUAGAAUCUCUUGUUCUUAUUCAUUGAUCAAACUCGAGAUUACAUAUAUAUAGUCAAGGGCAAAGCCCAAUUACAUUAGGAAUACUAAA